CUCGUCUCCAUUCUAAAGUUCCAAUUCGAAGUAUUCUUCUCAUCCCUCGUCUAUAUUCCUCUUCAUCGUCGUUAUUCGUCCUAAUACUAAUUUCCAUCUACAUAAUCUCGUCUAUGUAUUCGUAUGUUGAACGAAACGGAUACGCUUGAUACUAUGGGCAUGUUAUUUUAUAGCAUGGCUGCCUUGAAUGGCAACCUUGCCGAUCACCUUCAGAAUCAACUAUCGUACACAAGCUUACAGAACAACUGUGGUGACAUCAAACCAUACGCGCCAUCGCCAUCUUACAAACGAAUGGCGCAAAGGCGAAAAGUGCCAGAAGGUGAAUUGUGCGCGGUUUGUUCUGAUCUCGCUACUGGAUAUCAUUAUGGAGUAGCAAGUUGUAAUGGCUGCAAAACAUUCUUCCGCAGAACGAUCGUCAGCGAGCAAACGUUCAUCUGUCAAUAUAAUGGAAAUUGUGAUGUUAAUAAGAAUAUACGAUGUGCUUGUCGACAUUGUCGGUUCAACAAAUGCUUGGCCGUGGGAAUGGAUGCGAAAGCGAUCCAAAAUGAUCGAGAUCGGAUAGGACCUACAAAGAAAGCAAAAAUAAGUAGCGGAUCGGAUGAGGACCAAGCGAUAACUCCUCAUCGGUUGCAAGACCAGGUAUGGGAUGAAAUCGUCGAGCAACUAACUCAAGUGGAAGGUUUAUGCCAAGAAUUGAGACGAUGUGUCAUACGCGAUGUUUCAACGGUUCAACAAGCUUUAUCCUCUCCAUGCCUUUUGUUUGAAACGCCUGAAUUGACAAUAGAUCCCAGUACCGUGUUCAAAGAGUUGUAUCCGGCUUCAAUGAACGACAUCCGAAUGUGGAACAUCCGUGAGAUGAGGAUUUGUAUCGAAUGGGGCAAAACGUUUGAUGCUUACCAACGACUAUCCCAUUUUGAUCAGUUUGCCUUGGUACGAAAUUUCGCUUUUGCCUUCAAUCUCCUGAAUCGAGUUUUUUACUCGCCUGAUCAUGGACCGGACAAGAUCGUAUUUCAAAAUGGCGCAUUUAUCAUGCGGCAACCUCAGCAACAGGUGCAACUGUCUGGUUGUCGACCAAUUUACACACGGCAAAUGGAUGAGAUUAUGCUGCCGUUUCGGCGGCUUCAGUUGUCUGUGUCUGAAUUUGCAACCUUCAAAGCAGCUUUGUUCUUCAAUCCCGAUGCUCUUGAUCUGUCAAACCAAGCAAAACCGGAGGUGUACGAAGAGCGAAACAAAUACCUAAGCGCGCUUUUCACAUGCAUCACCAAUAAACUUGGAAUGGCUGCUGGUGUUCAAAAAUAUGGCAGUUUGCUGAUGAUGACGGCAAGUAUACAGAAUAUUCUUGCCCAAAAUGAGGAAAACAUGCAAGUGAUGGAGCUGUUCAAAAACUGGGAAGUGGAUCCAUUUGUCAAGGAGCUGUCUGCGCUCUCACAAAAUGGAAAAAGUUCGGAAAGCUGGGAGCAUUUACUAAGAUUUCCAGUUCAAACUAGUAACGAAAAGGAGAGCGGAUACGGUAAUAAUGAUGGAAUGUCGGUGAAUUCUUUACAAGGAUUCAUCAAAAGUGUAGUGUGA